AUGUACAACCUCUUCUUGUGGGAGAACCUCCAUAGCGCUUCUGUCACCACUCAUCCUGCCGCUCGAUACGGCCUCUUCUAUGAGGCUAACGAAGGGGGUCGCUCCGAAUCCGGCGCCGCUGUCCUGGUUCCCUCGGCUAUCGACGACUGUCUUUUUCCUUGGACUCUCGAUCACUACGAGUACUUCCUUCCUUCGCCUCAGCACUGCUCUGGGAAGUUCGGGCGGCCAACUUGGUCGCCGAAGGCGAGGAAUCUCGUCAUUUCCACCCCUCCUCUUCGACUGCGCCGCUCGGUUUGCAACGAGGAGAAUUCUCGGCCUCGGCCCGUGGCUUUCUGGCUCAUACUAUCGACUCGGGAUGGCGUCGACAUUCCAACGGCGGCUCCUUGGGUGGAGGCAAAGGGACCGGCGUCCCGUGGCGACUCCGAUUCGGAGCCCGAGUCGGAUGGCGAUUCGGAUGAGGAGAUGGGCUGGAACGAUCACCUUACCCGUGUGGAUUAUACGGACCAGUGGGGCCAGCGGUGGGUGUGCAUGGUCCGUCCCAACGGUACCAACGUGUCGGUGACGCCCGUGGCGGACUUUUCGGAAGAGGUAGCGGAAGGGGAGGGAAAGAGUGAAAGUGAUAACCCUUCUUCUUCCGAGGUCUGGUCUUCUAAUGCCGAAUGA